AUGGUGCAGUUGGAGUUUAUGAUCCCCUUGAAUAAAGAGGAGCUAUUGAAAAAAGUGAACGUUAAACAUUACGUCGUUACCGAAGUCUACGCUAUCAGAACCCUCCAUGCUUUACUUAAAAUGAUGUCAUCCCUAACUACUGAUUUGCUGAAACUGUUCGAGAACGAGAGGCAUGAUUCUGAAUCAAAACUGAUAUAUCUGAAUGUGUUGAAGAUGUCCUGCUACAUAUUUGUGAUGCUUAUGGAUAAGUUUGAAUUCGACGUUUCUUUGGCUUCUGAAGCUCAAAAUAUUAUGAAGAUGGGCAAGAAGAAGAUGUCGGCACCAUCGUCGUCGUCAUCAUCGGCAGGCAAACAGCUGAUCGAAGUUUGGGACUUGGAAAGGGAAGCCGGGAUGAAACAGCUGCUGCAGCUGCUUCAGUUGAACGUUGUGAGGUUGUGGGAGCCACAGGUCGUGGAGGAGGAGUUCGUCAGGUGUGUUCUCGCUAGCUGCUGCUGUUUUGGUGUCUGUGGUGGUGGUGGUGCUGUUUUGGUGGCUAUGGUGGUGGUGAUGAAACCAGUCAAAGAUUCCAUCUCCCACAUCAUUGCUAUAAUGGUCAAAAAUUUCGGUCACUCAUAUGCUUGCGCCCUGAAGCUAAUGCAGCUGCUGCAGCAGAGCGAGCAGCUGGUGGCGCCACUAUCGCAGCUGGUGGCGCUUGCUUGCGACGGCUACAACUGCAAGAUGAUUGUUCCUGAGGUCAUGAGAGAGAUUGGUCGAAUUGACCUUCGAGAUAUAACCAAUGAUACAACGGCUACUAAAUCUUAUGCCUCGUUCUCGUACACUAUUCGCAAUGGCAUCCUAUCAGCUCUUGGAGAGCUGAUAGUCAGGCUGAUGAAUGACAGUUCCAUCGAUGACUCCAAUAACAGCAGUGACGUCACCAAUGAUGCUUCGGAUCGAAAGAUGGCCAUGGGCGAGAAGAUGAAGAAUACCAGGGAUAAAUUCUUCGAUCAUCUUGAGCUGGACGUAUUAAACGAAAUAUAUAUGAAAAUAAAACUUGAUAUUGAUAACAUAAAAGUGAAUAUUGAACGCAAUGAGUCAAGGCUAGAUCAACUUGAUCGUUUUGAUACAACUGUGCGUGAUGGACUUGAGACAUGCAAAAACGAAUUAAAAGAAACGUAUGCUGGCAUCGUUAGUAAAGGGGGUGGUGCAAAUAUUGACGCCAUCAGGAGUGAAGUAAAAUCGUUUCAGAAAGCUCUGGAUGAGGCAAAUGAAAUUAAAGAGAGGGAAUCAAACCUGCUGAUGUUUCGUCUAUCGGAGAGUGAUGAUGAUCGUGGUAAUGUCCUCAAGAUUUUGAAGCAUCUGUCGGAGGAUGUUUCUGAUAAAAAUGUUAUCAAGGUUUUUAGACUUGGAAAAAGACAAGAAUCAGUAGUUAGACCUGUGUUGAUAAAGUUGGACAAUGUAUUUCUUAGAGAUUCAAUAAUGAGAAAUGUUAAAAAAUUCAAAUCUUUGCAAGGUUUCUCACACGUCGGUUUAAGUCAUGAUUUGACAAUGGACCAGAGACAGGAAUAUAAAACAUACGUAGAUAGAGCCAAAGCCAUGGAAAAAGAAGAGAUAAAUCGGAAUUUUUUGUUCAGAGUGAGAGGACAGGCAGUGCCAAUGGUUAGAUUGCACAGCGUGGUGCCGAUGGUCGUUAACCGGGUCAAGGACAAAACCUGUGGGGUGCGUAGGAGCGCCAUUCAAGCCCUUGUCAUUCUGAUGGGGAACAAUACCCUUGUCACCAAGGAUGAUAAUGAUGUCGGCGUUGAUAACGAUGGUGAUGCUGGUGGUGGUGAUGAUGAUGGCUUGCUUCUGAAGCAGAAAAAAUUUGUGGAAUAUUUGAGGGCGGGCGUGGUCGAGUGCAUGAUUGGCAUUCGAAAGAUGCUGCCUCUGAUCUGGUCGGGUGAGAAAGAUAUUAAAGAGGCCGUCCUGAGAGCUUACAAGGAUGUCUUCGUGGACGCUGGCAAGGAGGCGAGGAACAAAAGUUUGAUGAUUGCAGAUUCCCUGAUAGCCCUGGCCAACUCGACAAACACGCUGGGUGAUCUGCUGUCUCUUGAAGAACUGAUAAAAAAUCUAGUGCUAGAUAAUUCGCUAUCCGAUGAUGUCAUUCAGUGUUUUUGGCAGAGGUUCACUUUUAAAAUUCCGGAAACCAGAAAGAGGCAGUCGGUUGCUGCACUAGUGCUUAUCAAAUUCGUCGCCAGAAUGAUGAAUGAUGAUGGCGAGGAUGAAACGAGAAGAAAUGAUGGUGAUGAUGAUAAUAGUGGUGGUUGUUUGGUUGCCAUGCAUUCGUGCAUGGUUCUGUCUAAGCUCUCUAUCUUGAAAUCUCCAAGUGAGAGGCCGUUUAGAUUCACAGAGGAAUCCGAACUGGCUGUCAUUCUGCCGGACCUGCUUGUGUCAUGCCUGACGUAUUCCAACCAAUCGCACGUCGUGCCAAUGGUGGAGCAGAUGAUCACGGCUAUUUAUAGAGUUAUGGAAAACCCUGAUAGGUUAUGUACUGAGGUCAUCAAAAGGCAGGCGGCUAAGCUAAUUGACUCUAUCGAAAUUGACGGCAAUGAUAGAACCCGAUUGCGCAACGCAAGCAACGCAAGCCACACCAGCCACACAAAUAGUGGCUACAGCCUCUCAGACCCUGAUGGCGAGAUAACUGAGAAAGAGUCGGGAUUGGCAGGUGAGGAUUAUGAGGCGGAGCUAAUAAGAAGAGUCGCUGAGCAUGAACUACUUUCAGAUGAUGGAAGUCUACUGGGCUUGCUCAAGCCAAUCAUAGUUCACGUUUGCUCCAACCAGGUCAAAUUUGCUGACCCAGAUUUGUAUGCCAGUGCCUCAUUGGGCCUCGCUAAGUUUAUGAUCGUUAGUUCUGAACACUGCGAGCCUCACUUGCGCCUCCUUUUCACCAUCCUGGAGAAGUCGACCUACCCCGUGGUGAGGGCCAACAUCAUGGUGGCCGUCGGAGACCUGGUCACCAGGUUCCCUAACCUACUCGAGCCAUGGACUGGAAAUAUUUAUAACAGGCUUCGAGAUGACUCCACCGUUGUGCGCCUGACGACAGUUCAGACGAUCAGUCGCCUGAUCUUCAACGACAUGAUCAAGGUCAAAGGUCAGAUUAGUGAGUUGGCCCUUUGCACCCUUGACGAGAAUGUCGAAAUAUCGUCAGCGUCCAAACUAUUUUUUAUGGAGCUGGCUAAAAAGCCAAACGCCAUAUACAACAUACUGCCUGAUAUCGUCAGUAGGCUCUCAGAUCUCGAGACUCGAGUCAACAAUGAUCAGUUCAAGCCGAUCAUGAAGUUUUUAAUGUCUUUUAUCGAAAAGGAGAAACAGUCAGAGAGCUUGAUUGAGAAGCUGUGCCACAGGAUUCGUGCUACUGUACAAGAGAGGCAAUGGCAGGAUCUGGUUUAUUGUCUAACUCUUCUGCCUGCCUCUGACAAAACCAUCAGAAAGUUGAAUGAAAAUUUCCCGUGCUUCGCUGACAAGCUAUCCGAUGUAUUCGUUCUUGACUGCUUCUCCACUGUAAUCUCUAACGCUAAGAAGUUUGCCAAAGCUGACGUCAAAGAAGUUUCAUGUCAGUUGGAUCAGGCGAACGUGGGAAUAAAAGAAGGAGUAUCGUCAAGAAAGCAGCAACGGAAAAAGCCUACGAAGAAGAAGGGUAACACGAGAAGCAAAGCAAUGUACAACAUCGACGAAGAAGAUGAAGAUGAUGCGGAGGAUGAUGAUGAGGAGGAGAAUGAUACCUUUAAUGAUGACGACCACGAUUUACUGGGUAAUAAAACUAGCAAGAAUAAUAAAAAGAAUAAUAAUAAUAAUAAUAACAACAACAACAAUAAUAAUAAAAAUACUAAGAAGAGACCAAUUAGUAAGUCAUCUGAUGAUAGCACGGACAACGAUGCUAAUAAUAAUAAGAAUAAUAAUAAAAAUAAUAAUAAUAAUAAUAAUAAAUCUACAAGACCUAGAAAGAGAAUUGCCUUAAGAUUGAGCUCAAGUGACGAUGACAGCGUCGACUUCGUUUAA